GGUGUGCCAUUCGAAGCCCUCCUUCCGUAUGCAAUCUGCAUUGGCUUCUUCUCCCUGACCGGUGCGGGUCUCUCAAAAAUCAGACACAUGCAAAAUGGCGGAAAGCGACAGCGGCGUUCGGUGGACCAGUGGGACAAGCAGAUGAUGGAUAGAGACAGGCGGCUCACAGGAUUUUUGAGAGGGCAGACGGAUAACGCGAUUGCGCCGAAGGGCUUUGAAUUGAGCAAUCCAUGGAGGGUAAGUACUUUCAGAUGCCCGGAGAGGCUUGAGAUGUGGUGUACUAAUUCUCGUAUAGCUUGA